GUUCAGCGAGCUGCUGAGCGGGAGAGGGCGCUGGUGGGACUCGAGGCCUACUCUGCACCUACGGCUCAGACUCACAGCUCUAGACACCCCUGCAACUCUUUUGCGAACAGCAAGCGCGCGCGCGACUGCCAACUGGUGUCAGCUCCCGCUUGUUGCACAUUCCUUUGGGCCCUGCAACAGAGCCUUCUCGCCUUCAAACAAGGUUCCUCAGGUUCCAAGAGCGUCCAGGGUUCCGCUGUCAUUAACAACGCCAGACGAUGGCCCCCGCCCCAGCUUUCGAGCCGUCCUGCUCCAUGCUGUCCGUCUUCAGCAUGUGCACCGCGCUACCGCUGGCGGAGCGUGACGUGAACGGCGCCGGCGCCUGCUUCUCAGGAGCCUCCGCGCUGGCGUGCCCCUCCAAACCGGCUUCGAUACGCCGUGGGGCGUCGUUCCUCGAUGUGGAGGAUGCCUGUGUGGGCCUGACUAGCGCCGACCGUGCCUGCUUCCUCAUACCUGAGGACAGCGUGUAUGUGUCGCCCGCCUGCUCCGCUCGCGAGAACGCCGGCGCCGGCCCCCGCCUGCCGCUGCCCAGCGGCACCUUCACCACCGCCGUCGCCACCUCGACGAGCGGUGCCAGCCUCAGCGGCCUCUCCGCUGCGCCCACCGGCUUUCUGGCGGGCUGCGAGGAGUUUGUCCAUGCGUCCGUGUGCUUUGAGAAGGCAGCCCAGGCGCUGGAGGCCGUCACCCGCCCGCCGCCCGCGGUUCCCUCGUGUAGCCCUAGCACGAGCUCCGGUGCCGCGAACGGCGCGCAGGCCGACGAGCCCGCUGCCGGUCUCUUCCGGCGCGUGAGCUCUCUGGCGCCCUCCCCCGCUGCCAGCAGCCAUGAGAACCACCAGCACCAGCACCAGGACGGCUCCUGUUGCUCUUCGGCGGAGGCGGUGGAGGCGCCGGCGGCGCCCGUCGUGUCGGACGGUGCGGCGGCCUGUGCGGAGCAGCUUCCCCAGCAGGUAUUGCUGCCCCAGGUGCCUCUGGAGCACCACCGGCAUGAAUACCUGGACGCGUCGAGCGCAGCGCUGCAGCUGCAGGCUCAGCUGCCCACGAUGCUCGAGGAGCAGCAGCAGCAAUCGCCGGAGGAGGCGGCUCAGCCUGAGCAGUUGCAGCUGCUGCAGGCGGUCCCGGCCCCGGCUCCGGCUCCCCGGGCCUUCCACCACAAGACUGGUGGCCCCUGUGAUCACUGCGGCGCCACGGAGUCGCCGCAGUGGCGCCGCGGCCCGCCCGCCAAGCCCAUGCUGUGCAACGCCUGCGGCACCCGAUACCGCCGCACUAACCAGCUCGGCCCUGUGGGCGCACACACGCCGGCGGGCCGUGCUGCAGCCGCGGCAGCAGCUGCGGGCGCGUCCGUGUCUGGCGGCAAGCGCAUCAGCAAGGGACACGGCGGCGCCGCGGCCAAACGCAACCGUGCGAGCUACUGAGCUGGCGCUAUGGACGCUUGGGACAUGGAGCGCUGUGUUGGCUUUGCCUGGUCGCGUGGUUGUGGCCCCCAAUUGCGGCUGCAUGGCUGCGGCCGCCGCAGCUGACGGACUUGACUCUCGGACGACGCGACUUCGCUUUCGUAUUAGUGCCGUUGUUCGGCGGCGUAAGUAACUUCGAAGGGCGGUAGGAGGGGGCAGAUGCCGCCUGCAAGCGCAGGCCAUGCUAGCACUGGGCGGGUGGAUGUCAAUGGUCGGAUGACAUUUGGGUUGUGAUCAGGAGCCAUGCGUGAUUCGUGGGUGCCGUGUGCACGCACCCCGGGCGCUCAGCUGCGGGGGGCACGUGCAACUGCGCACCUGCGAUACAAACAGCCGGCGGGGAGCUGUCCGUCCAAUACGACAGCUCAUAACAUUUUUGCCCUGCACCAAAACCAAAAAAUUGUGUUGAGUUCAUGUUGUUGGUGCGUGACGUGUUGGCGCCUAAAGUACAUACGAAACGACAACGGGGGUGUUGUUGCUGGUACAGACGUUGUGUGCUGGGUGUUUGAUCGGCACGAACGGAUGUGCAUGACUGUGGUGUUGGCGAUGCAGCUGCAAGCGCGGACGGGAGUGUGUGUGUGUGUGUGCGUGCAUGUACAGUCGUGUAAGGUGGAGAGCUGAUGAUGCGGAUGAUUCCCUGUGGCGUGUGGCAGGAUGUGAUUGUUGAGUUGGCUGCACGCACCAGUGGCCGUGUGUCGUACCGUGCGAGGGCGGUUGCGCUGUGUUACAGUCAAGAUGUUGUUCGUGAUGUGUAUUACUGCUGCACCCAUUCAAGGAAAGUCAAAAUACAUGUGCUUAUAGCUGCAGUACCGCGACUCACCUGCGGCUGCGGCCUGUCCGCGGAUUGUCAGGAGGCUGGGGCGGACAUGUGAGGGUGAGAGAGUGAUUCUUCGGGUCGAGCUGCACAAUUGAGCCGCCCAUCAUCAAAGUAGCGCAUGGACUGAACUCCUGGAGGCCGAACGGACCGGCCGCAGUCCACAUCGUGGCGGCCGGUCCGGCAUGUUGCACGCGAUAUCGUACUGGUGUACUGAAGGGCGUGCAAAGUCGGCGCAUCGGGACGCAGCUCGUCGGUAGUGUUCGGGACAUGGCGUGUGGUCUCCUGGCGUUGGUCUGUGCGCCAAUUGUUUCCCUUGUUGCCUCUGCAUGCAUGACGCCGCAGAAAGAAGAUUCAUCCUCCCGUGGUGUACGUCUAAAGAAUUGUACGGUGAAGCACAUGGUUAAGUGUGCUCGUGCGCAUUGCAUGCAUUGAAAUGCAUAGUCUGUUGAGCGGCGAAAGGUGCGGCGCCAAUUCGAGGGCCCGGCCUGUAGAGGAGGCAGUUUCUGUUAAAAUGCAGGUGGUACGGACGUAGUGAGGUGCGGCGCUGAACACGAGGGAGCGUGCGCUGCGAUCGCAUGCAGUGGCCCCGAGGCGAGGGGGGGCUGUAACCGCAACUCCCACCUUGGUCCAGUCAUACUCCAAACGCUCUGCCUCAACCCGGGGCGCAAACCAUACAUGUGGCCUGCAGUCUUGGCGUCGUCCGACCAGGCAAAACGAGCAGCCUCGGGGGUAUGGUCACAUUGUAAUGUGCAGUAAUG